UGAGCGACUGAGUGAGUGAGUGAGCGAGCGAGCGAGUUGAGUUGCUCUGUCUUAGUCAGUCUCGGUGGUUCCUGCUGCGAGGUCCUGCUUCUUCAGCUGAGGUCAUGAGGCGUAAAGUGGGAUAACUAAGGAGCCGCACGGAAGUCCGUGAACGCAACAGUCCUAUCUCUGCUUUAUCUCUUUGUUUCUUCUCAGCUACUUUCUGUGGUUGUGAUCCAGCAGGUCUGAGUUGGACCGUGGUUUCAGUUAUGGCAGACCAUCUGGUUUCCACUCUGCUGGAGGCCUGUGUGGUGGUUGGAGCAUCCAUGGACAAACUCAGGGACGCCUACCAGUCUGUUAACAGUAAUGGAGCUCCAGAGCACCUCCUGCUGGAGCCAGAGGUCCUGCAUGUCCUGGCACCUCCCUUUGUGAGCAGACCACAAAAUGAGAGCGAUGUGGUGAGUUCCCAUGGAAGGAAACGGCGCUCCUUUCUCAGGAAGAAGAGGGAACAAACUGCUUCAGCGGCUGCAACACCAAGCCAAGGUGGAGGUGCUGAAAGAAGACAAGGAAGUGAAGAUCUUAGUGUUCCGAAAGAUAUCGACCUCAUGGCUUUACCUCAGCUCUGCUUCCCGGAUGGGCUCAGAAUAACCACUGAACAGAGAGAUGAACAGUUUCACUUCCUGGUUUUCACUGAUGUCUUUGGCAACAAGACCCAUGGAGUUGUAAUGCAGUGUUACCAACCAAUAUUGGAAGGGACGUCACUCUUCCACAACGGAGCUGGGUCUACAAAGUUUUCUAAACUUUUCACUGCUUACAGCUUCUGUGUCAUAUCCAAGUAUCCUUACUUCACUGCCCUUAAAGAUUGUUUGUCAUGUCUGUUAAUCCAGCUGAGAACUUGUCGUUUAUCAGACAUGGAAGAGAGAGUGAAGGAGUUUGCAGCCAAACUUUCACUUGUGCCGAUCCCACCUCCUGGACAAUUGCAUCUGAUGUUUACUUUACGUCCUUUGACGAUUGUUUUACCAUCCAGAGAAGACAAAGAUCUCCCCGCUAUAGAUUUAGACCUCCAUCUGCCUUUCCUCUGCUUUAAGCCACAACAACUGCUGCAGGUGUUAUCUUGUCUCCUGCAGGAACAGCGAGUGGUGUUAUUUUCUUCUGACUGGGCCAGACUCACACUAGUGGCGGAGAGUUUGUUGCUUAUCCUACAGCCUCUGUCAUGGCAGCAGCCUUAUGUUCCUGUCCUGGCCAGAGGAAUGCUGGACUUCCUCAUGGCUCCGACUGCCUUCCUCAUGGGCUGCCAUCUGAGUCAUUUUAAAGAGGUUGCUGCUGAAACAGAUGAUCUGAUCUUAAUCAACAUUGAUAGUGGAGGCGUCUCCACUUCUUGUUCCGAUACUGUUGACCUUCCACACAUUCCUCCAGCUGCGGCAGACUGUUUCACACAAAGAUGUCAGUCACUGCAGGUACAUUUCGAUCUGAACCAGUGCCACCGCGCAAGCUGCCCUGACAUCAACGAACAGCGAGCCCAGAGAAGAGCGUGGCAGCGCAACCUCAACCAAGACAUCCAGAGGAUUGCGCUGGAGCUGCUUGUCAACAUAUUCAGGGAUGUUAGUUGUCAUCUCAACUAUGAACAUCGAGUGUUUAACAGUGAAGAGUUCCUGAAAACCAGAGAGCCGGCAGAAAAACUUUUUUACAAGAAGGUGUUGGAGACGCACAUUUUCCACUCCUUUCUCAAAGAUCGUCUCAAUAAGAAAUCGGAUAAUUAUGCUCGCAUGGAACUUGGCACUCGCUCUGAGAUGCAGAGGUUGAAGGCUAUGGUCGAAGUGCCACGAAGACCCACGAUGCAGGAGAUUCAAGCCCGCAGAAAGAGCUCCCUCACAGACAGCAAGCUGAUUAAAAGACUGGGCAUGAGCCUUCCUAACUUGGGAGACGACCAAACUGUUGCCUUCCAUAGAAAUGCUCUGCUGAAUGGGAUCUUCGUGUCUGACACAGCUUUAAGGAUUCCUCCUAAGCCUGUGAAGGUGUUUAAACUCCCAGACUUCCCAGCAUCUCUGUCCUUCCAUUCUGUCCAAAGUUAUUACAGUGAGCUCAUCCAGCACCUUGGGAAGGCCAUCUCCUCUGUCCAGAACGAGAACUCUUCUCUGCUGGCCAGGUUUUACUACUUGCGUGGUUUCAUCAACACCUUGUGUUUACGACGGCUGGAUGCUCUGAGUGAUUUCCAGAAACUCUACAAGACGGACACCGCCAUCUUCCCCACGCAGCUGGUUACAUGGCUCGUGGACUCUCUGCACCAAGACGAGAGAAAACAAGCCGAUAGACGACCUGAACUCAAGAGACUCAUCCUCAAGGUGAAGACGGAGAACGAGAAGCCGUCAGUGCAGCCCGAUGACCACGUUAAAAAGUUCAAGCUUCCUCGGAAACCCCUGCAUCAAGACGAGUUUGUUCGUUGCAUCCAAGAAUGUGGGAUUGUUAAGGACGUAGCGACCAUACAUCGUUUAUUUGAUGCUUUUACUGAUGGACAAUCCAAGCAGUUGGACCCUGAACUCUUCAGACUUUUUUACAACUUCUGGAAGGAGACGGAGGCUGAAGCACAGGACGUCAACCUGCCCGCUCAGGUCAUUGACCACCUCGAUAAUAGUGAGUGUGUCUACAAGUUGUCGUCCUGUGUCAAAACCUCUCAUGGCGUUGGGAAAAUUGCGAUGACGCAGAAACGUUUGUUCUUGCUCACCGAGGGACAACCAGGCUACCUGGAAAUCACAAAGUUCAGAGACAUACAGGAGGUAAAGAUUGCCUCAGCUCCUUUUCUUCUUGUUCGUAUUCCUUCCCUUCGUAUCCAGACCACCAGCAGGCCUGAGGUGUUCGAGGCCAACCUGAAGACAGAGACUGAUCUCUGGAACCUCUUGGUCAUAGAGAUGUGGGCCGGACGUAAGAUGGCUGAUCAACACAAGGACCCUCAGUACAUGACUCAGGCUCUGACCAACGCUCUGUUAAUGGACGCUGUGGUGGGUUGUCUGCAGACCCAGAGGUCCAUUAUUGCUGCGUCAAAGCUGGCUUACUUUGAUAAGAUUAAACAUGAAGUGCCCAUGAUGGUGCCUAAAGCUACCUCAGAGACUCUAAAGCACAAGAUCAACCCCUCAAAAGACUUGGCUGAACCUCAGACUGUCCGUGUGCUACUGUACACACCAGGUCAUUUGACUUGUGACCUCUCAGAGGGUAAGAAGAACCCAAAGCUGUGGGUGGCUCUUAGCGGUGGAAAAGUGGUCGUGUUCGAUGCUGCAAGCUGGUCCAUGUUGGAGGACUGCAUCCAGGUUGGAGAGUUGCAGCUGAACUGCAUGCUGGGAUUGGUCCAGGAGCAGGUUUGGAUCGGCUCUCAAGACUCUGUGAUCUACAUCAUUGACACUCACAGCAUGUCCUGCAACAAACAGCUGACUGAACACAGACAUGAAGUGACUGGCCUCACACUGGACACCAAAGAUAGUCAGCAGUUGUUCUCCUGCAGCUGUGAUGGCACAAUCCUGCAGUGGGACUCAGUCAGUCUCAAAGUGAAGCGACAGUUCCACCUGAGCUGUGACCAUCUCUCCUCUAUACAGAUCCACGAUGGCAUUCUGUGGUGCUGUUGUAAUGACAGCAUUGUAGAACUGAAGAAGAGCGGGACACCUCAGCGACGGAUGUCGCUCCCCGACGACCUGCGGUGCAUUCCCGGUAGCUUCAGCAGCUUCAUUGUCAUUCCUGAGCAAGGUCAGUUGUGGACGGCAUGUGCAGAGUCAGGAGAGCUGUGUCUCUGGCACAUUACUGACCACAGAUGUCCGUACAAAAGAAUCUCCCUGCCCGGCAGUUCAGGGGUCACCUGCAUGAUUCAUGUCAAGGACCAGAUCUGGGUGGGCUGCCGUGGCUGGCCCACUGUCGGAGGUGAGUAUGACGGCCGGAUAAGGAGUCAAGUGUUGGUAGUGAAUCCUGAGAGCCGCACUGUGGAAAAGGAGCUGCAGGCUCAUUCAGACAGUAUCCAGACACUGUGCACAGCUGAGGACAGAUAUGUCCUGAGUGGCUCUGCGCGCCGUGAUGGGAAGAUCGCCAUCUGGAAAGUGGAGUGAAAAUAGGACUAUUACAGCAAAAAGGAUAAAGUAAAGGUAUUUCACUUGGUGGAGUAUCUUUUUUUUUUUAAUCCAAAUUUUA